AUGAGACUGCUGCUGCAGCAGGCAAAGGAACAGAUCAGCACCGUCACUGCCCUCAAGACAGUGAUGCAGCACUGCUCCGAGGCCUUGGAGCUUGCUCACAUCGACCCGGGUCGCUACAUCCGGAAAGCGGGAGAAGACAAAGGCUUCUCCUAUUGGCAGGGGCACAAUCUGCCCGACACCGCAUUCAAGGCGCUGGGCCCUUGCUCCUGUCUUACAUUCUGGCAAACUGGCUACCGGCUACAAGCUUCGUAUAUGGAAGGCCUGUGUGCUCACAAGUCCGACCUACGGGCUGCACAGCUUUGCUCUCAGUACUGCUUUGCAUGCAGAACUCCAUCGCACAGCUAUGAAGCAAAUUCGGGCAAUUACUUCGAAUCGCGCCCAUCUCAGACUCAGUGGCCAUACAAACUGCCUACCGCCAGAAGUAUCAUUGAGGCAGCCCAUGCCAGGGAACUCAAGCUGGCUGAGGCUGGAGACUGGAUGAUCUCUGACGAUUGGAAUACUCAAAUUACUGCCAGUCUGUCCUGGGAAGGCGACACAGACAAGGGUCACUCAGAAGAGCCGGUGAAGGGCAAAUUGUCAGUGUGGGGCUGCCCUGAGUGUGAAGAACAGUUUGAUAGCCCAGCUGCAUUGAAGAUAUAUGCCCAACGUGCACAUGGUGCCGUUGUUCUGCGCCUUUACCAAGCUGAUGACACACACCAACUGAAGCUGCGACAGUGGUGGCAGUACCGGAUCAACCGUGGGUUGAAAAUAUGCUGGACAGAUGGCGGUGAUUGGGGAUCGCGAGAUGGAGCAGUUCUUCGGACCGCUGGGAACAGCCCUGACCACGAUGACGGUGGAUCAAUCUUCCCACAACAAGAGGAGGCGGUCAUCAAACAAUCCGAGGAGCUGCAAGUACUGAAGCAAAACACGGAGUUGGUGAUGUGGCUCAAACCGGGACAGGACUCGAUUCUGCAUCACUCGUUCGUGACGGCCUCAGAAUUCAAGAAGCAACAGAAGGACAAUCCCACUCUCGGACUUCGACAUGUGCCGCUUCGAUCAGUCCUGGCUUUGGCAAUGUUCAAGGAGUUGGGACAGCGUCUCGAAAAUCGCUUGAAAUCCCCGGAAGUCCUGGAGCAGGCCGAGAGCAACGGAUGGAGGGGCCCGGAUGGAUGGAAAUACCAAAUCUGGAGCCCGUACUCCGCCAUCUCGAACUGGACAAGGAGAAACCCACCAUAG